AAACUGUUUACAAAUAAGUGGAACGAAGAAAAAUUAAAUCAUUGCGACCUUAGUCUACCUUGUCGCAGCCUUGUUGGUUAGCGGUCAUUGUAGAAGAGCGUGCGCAGCAAUCCCCCAAAAUAAACAUGGCGGACGGAGACGAUCUUUACCUAAGUGGACUUGUGUGACUAUUUCUAGUGUGUUAGCUUCCCUGGUCCAAGAAAAAUGAAGUUAAAUAUAGACGGUCUUCUUGUGUACUUUCCUUACGACUACAUCUAUCCUGAGCAGUAUUCGUAUAUGAUGGAAUUGAAAAGAACUCUUGAUGCUAAGGGUCACUGCCUUUUGGAAAUGCCUUCUGGAACUGGGAAAACUAUCUCAUUGCUGUCCCUGAUAGUUGCCUAUAUUUUGUCCAAACCAUUUGAGCUGUCGAAACUGAUCUAUUGCUCUCGUACUGUUCCAGAAUUAGAAAAAGUUUUGGAAGAGUUGAAGGUUCUUUUGGAGUAUUACGAAAAGGAAACAGGAAGAAAACCAAAACUGUUAGGGCUGGGACUCAGCUCAAGAAAGAAUCUUUGCAUUCAUCCUGAGGUGAGUGCAGGAAGAGAAGGGAAGAAAGUGGAUGGGAAAUGUUUGAGUUUGACUGCAUCAUAUAUACGUCUAAGACACAAAGAGGACAAAACUGUUCCUGUUUGUGCAUAUUAUGAGGAUUUUGAUGCUCAUGGUAAAGAGGAAAAAAUUCCUCCUGGAGUGUAUAAUUUGGGUGACCUGAAAGAAUUUGGCAGGAAAAAAGGAUGGUGUCCAUAUUUUUUGGCAAGAUAUACAAUAUAUCAUGCAAACAUAGUUGUGUACAGCUAUCAUUACUUGCUGGAUCCUAAAAUUGCUGAACUAGUUUCAAAAGAACUGGAAAAAACAUCAGUUGUUGUCUUUGACGAGGCUCAUAAUAUUGAUAAUGUAUGCAUUGAAUCCCUGAGUGUGACAAUUUCAAGAAGAACACUUGAUAGAAGUCAUGCUAAUGUUGAAAACUUGGCUAGAACUGUUAAAAAUCUGAAACAGAAGGAUGCCAAUCAACUGAGGGAGGAAUACAGCCGACUUGUUCAAGGUUUACGGGAUGCAAGUGUUGCUAGGGAAACUGAUGUGGUGCUGGCUAAUCCAGUUUUACCUGAUGAAGUCUUGGAAGAGGCAGUACCUGGAAAUAUUAGACAAGCUGAACAUUUUGUAAAUUUUAUGAGACGGUUUAUUGAGUAUUUAAAGACAAGGUUAAGGACACAGCAUGUUGUGCAACAAAGCCCUCCAUCUUUUCUGCAGCAUAUUUUCCAACAAGUUUGUAUUGAAAGAAAACCUCUCAGAUUCUGUGCAGAGCGGUUGAGUUCUCUGUUAUACACACUGGAACUCCCUGAUGUUCAAGACUAUGGUCCUCUAACACUGAUUGCCAACUUUGCUACCUUAGUCAGUACCUACAGCAAAGGAUUCACAUUGAUCAUUGAACCAUUUGAUGAUCGUACACCAACCAUACCAAAUCCAAUCCUACAUUUCAGUUGUAUGGAUGCUUCCAUUGCUAUCAAACCUGUGUUUGACAGAUUUCAGUCUGUUGUCAUCACAUCAGGGACUUUGUCACCAAUAGACAUGUAUCCCAAGAUUCUUGACUUCAGGCCGGUGACCAUGGCAACAUUCACAAUGACUCUAGCUAGAAUUUGUCUGUGCCCCAUGAUUGUUGGCAGGGGAAACGAUCAAGUAGCCAUGACGACUAAGUUUGAAACAAGAGAUGAUAUGUCUGUCAUUCGUAACUAUGGCAACCUCUUAGCUGAGAUGUCAGCCGUGGUACCCGAUGGGAUUGUUUGCUUUUUCGUCAGUUAUCAGUACAUGGAAGCAGUUGUGUCCAUUUGGAAUGACCAAGGUAUCAUCAGCAACAUUCAGAGAAAUAAGCUGCUUUUCAUUGAAACUCAAGAUGCGGCAGAAACCAGUUUAGCUCUUCAUAAUUACCAGCGGGCUUGUGAAAAUGGAAGAGGAGCCAUAUUGCUCUCUGUGGCCAGAGGAAAAGUUUCAGAGGGAAUUGAUUUUGACCAUCACUAUGGCAGGGCCGUUAUUAUGUUUGGAAUUCCAUAUGUUUACACUCAAAGUAGAAUCCUAAAGGCGCGCCUUGAGUACCUCAGAGACCAGUUCAACAUCAGAGAAAAUGAUUUCCUUACUUUCGAUGCAAUGAGACAUGCUGCUCAGUGUGUUGGCCGAGCCAUCAGAGGAAAAACAGACUACGGCAUCAUGGUGUUUGCUGACAAGAGAUUUUUCAAAGUUGACAAAAGGGGAAAACUUCCCAAAUGGAUUCAGGAGUACUUGAAGGAAGGAGUGUGCAAUGUGUCUAUCGAUGAAGCAGUCCAGAUCAGUAAGAGAUUCUUGAGGCAGAUGGCGCAACCGUUCGAUCAGGAGGAUCAGCUUGGCCUCUCGCUUCUCACUGUUGAGCAAGUGGAGUCUGAGGAGUUCCAGAAAAGAAUACUUCAAUCAGCCGUUGCAUGAUUGGUUAAGAAAGUAGACCUACUUAAAGCUUAAGGCUGGUGUUUAAACGUAGACCAUCACAUUACUUCGUAGGUAGAUCACGGUAGAGAUAUUUUCGCGAAAUGAGGUAGCACCAGAAAAAGAUUACAGAGGGGAUACUUAAAGAUCUAAGGUUUGUCUGUUGCAAUUCGACAGGGCCUAAAAAAACUCCCCAGGAAGUUAACACCAUUUAUAAUUUUUCAAAUUAAACAGGAAAUUUGAAGUUUUCUUUCUGCUGGCCUUGUAUUUGGAAUUAAGCAGCCAACAGUGAGCAAACGUCUUCCAACAAGACAUGUAUUGUGUUAACUUACAUGGUUGCGUUUAUACUUUUUCCAGUAGCCAUUUUUUGUUUUUGUCUUUUGGCCCUCUAUAGAAAAGGUGGCAAUUCAUUCCGUUUGUAGUUUAAGUUUGUGUUAGAAUCGUCAAACCUCGUUUUGUUGUUAGUAUGGCUCUAAUCGUAUGUACAUAUUUAUGGAUUCGUCUUUGGUCUGAUAUCGAAAUAUGGAUCAUUAUGUAACUUUGAUAUGUAAAGAAAAUAAAAGUAUUUUGUUUUAACCACAUUA